GUGCAACGGUCUAGCGUUUUGGGGUACUUGGGGACUUGGGGCUCGCCUCGUAAUCCUUUAUGUGUCAGAUUUUCGUCCGAUUUCUGUCCGUAGAAAGCUGCGACGGAAUGAAUUUCGGGCGGAGAUCUGGCAUUCAACACAACUAUUCACAGCGCUGAUGAGUAGUUUUCCAUCGGUCUCCACUCUUUGUUCAUGCAGGAAUAGAGCCUGCUGUCUUUUAACGAUUGUCCAGCCUCGUCCGCUCCCGUGAUAUCUUUCAUUCUCAACCGAUGCCAUCUGAUCUCAUUUGGAAGGGGUUUCAACCUUUCUUAUGCCGGCCGCGUGACGCGUUGGAUCUGUGGCCACAGCUUGCUCUUCCCGAAUUUUGUGAUGGUUCUCUGCUUCCGACGGCAGAGUUGCCUCGUUGACGCCGACGAAUGCCGAUCCAUUGAGUUUCAGCAGUCGAAACCGCUGUCUACUGCUCCAAGUACGGACACUCUCACUGUACCAGUCCGCGGGCAUGGUGACCGAGGGUUUGUGCCAAGACUUGGACGUAGCGGAAGAGUUCCUCUGUCCAUUAACGACGGCUAUCCCUUGAUCCCUCAAGCCUGUCCCUCUUCUGACCUCAUCGACCCAUCCCUCGGGACCGUGUGUGAUUUUCGUUUGCCAUCACCACUGACCACUAGUCACCACAGUGCCUUUUCUUACUGUUGUUUUGGUCACCAUCUUUCCAAAACUUCGAAACCGACCUGUGACAAAAACUGUUUGUCCACUAUGUUCAAACUAAAUGUAAGUCCAUCUUCCUCUUCUCGUAUCUGCUGGCCUUUUUCUUUGUGGUGUAACUGUGCUAUAAAGUACUUCCGUCGUCGCCGAAUACCGAACGAGAAUCUACUGGUUCUAAGCAUCAUUCAGAUGUUGUGCGGUUUCGCGUCAAUAAUCCUCUCCAGCGUGGCGCUCACCAGAACUAUCUUCCUUUAUCACAUGGCCACUGGUAUGUGGGCUGGUUUUCUUAUGCUUCUCGCCGGCACGCAGGGAUUGAUUACAGCACGACGUCCAAUUGUGUGCACCAUGAUCGGUUUACUCAUUCUGUGUAUAGUCGUCACGAUUGCCGCUAGCCUACUCAUCGGUGUGUCAGUGGCUGGUAUCAUUGAAGAUGGCUUCCUUAAUAGAGAGAAUUCACAUUCCAAAUCUACCGUUCACGUUGUAAAGUUUGCUUAUGCAUUUCAAGGAGGCGGUGUCCUUUCUCCUGGCAGUGCUCUCACUGCAUUUAAUGCUCUUCAUCCUUCACAAUCCUCUAAUCGGACCAACGUCAACCAGCUACGUGUGCGAGCGCUCAACGACGCCACUACAUCCACUUCAUCGGAUGCGCAUUUUCGUGCCUGCCAGGUCAUCAUACAUUUGCUACUCCUUCUCAUCGGAAUUUUGGGAUCAUCUGUAAGUUUAUCGACUUCCGUGUUGGGUUAUCGUUUUAUCCAUUCUCGAGCCCGAUCAGAUUCCCAUACGUUCCCAAGGCGCACGAACAUAGUAUCAUUGGACAGUGCGACAGCUAGUCAAGCUGCGGCGGUCUUGCAGUCAGGUGACAUCAAUCGUUUGUUUGGUUCGGACGUCUUACUUGCUGUUGGAACACACUCACUUGCCAAUCAGGAAACUCAUCUCAGCCACAACAAAGGUUUGAAUGGGCCUUCAAGACCUUACCUGCACCACACCGUUACCCCCUUCCUUCCCGACUCUGGCCGUUCCGCUCUUAUUCUCACCCAGGCUGGAGUCGGUUCUGUAGCUUGGACGGCUGCUCGCGCGGCUGCCAGUCUACUUGGAGAUCAGCCUGAAGAUAAUCCCCUCUCAGAAGAAAGUCUACCCAGUCUUCCAUCACUCGACCACUUUCCAGCUUCUCUGUCUCGUCGCAUACGCGCAAAAUUUUCCGGUCCCAAACAAUCUAGACGACCAAGGCUUCUGAUAACUUCUCUCGAGACUCAGUCUUCGAGAUACGGACGAACAGAAGGGCAGCACACUUCGGCCCCGGAUCAGUUGGACUCUUUUGCUUAUCCUCCCGGCAGCACACUACUCUAUGUGAUUCCAUCGCCUUCUCGUGACGAUCCACCAAUGGUUUUCCCACCCUUCCCACCUACUUAUAGUUCUUUACAGAAACGUCCUUCCCAUGCACCUUCAAAUCGUCCCCAACAAAGGCGCAUCAGUGCUCGUCUCACAAGAGAUUCCAGAAUAAGAAAUACAAAUUCAAUCCCAUGCGGUCCAUCUAGAUCUCACUUCCCUCGGCGUAUAUCACCUAACCGUGAUUCUCCUCGCCGAUUGUUUCCUCUUACCCGAAGACGUCGUCUCACUAACGCACGAACUCCGAAUCCUCGCUCCCCUAAUUCGUCCCUGAUUUGCGCUAUUGAUAGACUCUUGCAACCUGUGUUGAUAGUUGAAGAUCCCAAGGAGUUUAUUCAACCGAGGCAAAAACUCCUUUCUCCUAAUCCACCAGAAUAUUCGGCAAUUGAUCAACGUUCUCGCUUAUGCGCUCCUAAUGAUUGAAUGCCUAUUUAUAUCCACUCGCCUUCUCCUACUAGUCAGGCAGUGCGAGUACCCUACCAUUCGGUGUUUGCCAUUGCAUCCACUGACUCUGCUACCUGUGAAUACUUGUUACAACCAUGUCGUAGCGUAGCAUCGGUCUUGUCAGUUGCACAACACGAUUCUCAUAAGCGCCUCUUAGUCAUUUUGUACCUCCACACUUUCUACCUGGUCUUACGUGUUUUUUGUUUCCAUUUGCGUUCACAGCGAUAACCCAAUCAUUCGCUUGACCUUCUGAGAUGCUUUGUUGCUGGAACAUGCAUGCUGACCAAUGUGAUGAACAUGUACAUUACCGUUGCUUUUCACUACUCAUCUCGAGCUCUUCAAGUUCAUUUUUUAUCUGUGUUAUACUCGCCAGAUUAUUGUUUCUUUUUUAUCCAAAUUUAUUCCUAUUGUUACU